AUGAAGCGCUCCCUGCUGCGGAUCUGCCAGUCGCGGGAGAAGGCGGCCGCCUCCAGCUCCUACCAGGGCGUCGUCUGCGAGGCGGACGCCGCCUCCGUGGCCUCGCAGGAUGUCUUCAAGGUGAUUUCAGAUGGAAGUGCCUGUAGGCUACGGAGCUUCAUUAAGAAGAAUCGUUCUGGGCUUACCAAGGUGGAUGAAUUAAAUGCCACCCCACUGCAUCACGCUGCAGAAGGAGGUCAAAUAGAAUUAAUGCAGUUGAUCAUAGACGAUUCUUCCUGUGAAGUAUUAAAUGUGAUGGAUUCUUCUGGAAAUACCCCACUGCACUGGGCUACAAAGAAAAACCAGGUUGAAAGUGUUAGUUUGCUUCUCAGCAGAGGAGCCAAUCCAAACAUUCUCAACUCCAAUAUGAUGGCACCUUUGCAUAUGGCUGUGCAGUCCCUGCAUAAUGAAAUAGUUAAGAUUUUAGUCCAACAUAGCAGUACAGAUGUUAACUUGGAAGGUGAAGCAGGGAACACGCCUAUAAUUGUAGCAUGUUACAAGGAUAAUCCUGAAGCACUGACACUGCUGAUUGAAAAUGGAGGGAAAAUAUGUAAACCAAACAAAACGGGAUGUAUGCCUAUCCAUGCAGCUGCAUUUUCAGGUGCAAAAACAUGUAUGGAAAUUCUUUUAAAAAAAGGUGAAGAACUGGGUCACUCUGCUAAAACCCACAUCAAUUUUACCAAUAAUGGAAAGUGCAGUCCACUUCAUUUGGCAGUUCAAAGUGGGGACCUUGAAAUGAUUAAAAUGUGCAUUGAAUUUGGAGCCCAAAUAGACCUAAAACAGAAUGAAAAAUGCACAGCACUUCAUUUUGCUGCCACUCAAGGAGCAACUGAGAUUGUAAAGUUAAUGAUGUCAUCCUAUGCUGGUGAGGAAUCCAUUAUUGAUGCUGUAGAUGGGAACAAGGAAACAUUGCUUCACAGGACAGCAUUGUUUGAUCAUUAUGAACUGGCAGAGUAUUUGAUUUCAAUGGGAGCUAAUAUUGAUAGUGUUGACAUAGAAGGUCGAUCCCCGCUUCUGUUGGCCACUUCCUGCGCAUCAUGGAAAAUUGUGAAUUUGCUGCUCUCAAAAGGAGCAAAUGUAUCAUUAAAAGAUCAUCUUGGUCGGAAUUUCUUGCAUUUGACGGUCUUGCAGCCUGGAGGAUUACAGCAUCUGAAUGAGAAAUUUCUGCAGAUGGAACAUAUUAAAAAUCUUGUAGUGGAUGAAGAUAAUGAAGGAUGCACUCCAUUGCAUUAUGCAUGCAGACAAGGUGUGGCCCUCUCUGUGAAUAAUUUGCUCAGCCUCAACGUUUCCAUCUACUCUAAGAGCAGGGACAAGAAGUCACCAUUACAUUUUGCUGCCAGCUAUGGACGCAUCAAUACAUGUCAACGACUUAUAAGAGAUAUGAAAGACACAAGACUUUUGAAUGAAGGUGAUAAGAAGGGAAUGACUCCCCUUCAUUUGGCAGCCCAGAAUGGUCAUGAAAAGGUAGUUCAGUUUCUUCUGAAGAGAGGGGCCCUUUUUCUCUGUGAUUAUAAAGGCUGGACAGCCCUGCACCAUGCUGCCUUCGGAGGAUACACUCGCACAAUGCAGAUCAUUUUGGAUACUAAUGUGAAGUGUACUGACAGAGUGGAUGAAGAAGGGAACACAGCCUUGCACCUGGCUGCAAGAGAAGGACACGCGAAAGCAGUAAGGCUACUUCUUGACUAUGGUGCGAAAAUUCUGUUCAACAAAGCUGUAGCUUCGUUUUUCCAUGAAGCAAUACACAACAGGAGAAAAGAUGUAGUGUCUGCUGUCAUUCUGCACAAAAGAUGGGAAGAAGCUGUUGUGACAUUCUCUCACUAUUCCAGUGCCAAUAAGUGUCCUUUGCUGGAGAUGGUUGAGUAUCUUCCUGAUUCAUUUAAACUGGUAUUGGACAACUGCAUAAUUGAGUCUUCAGAAGAAAAGACAAGCCGAGACUUCUAUAUUGAAUAUAACUUCAGAUAUCUUCAGUGUCCCCUGACACUUAACAAGAAACUAAAGGAUGGUGAAGACAUUUUCUAUGAACCACUUACCACUUUAAAUGCCAUGGUACGCCACAAUCGCAUGGAGCUACUUAGUCAUCCCGUGUGUAAAGAAUAUUUGCUUAUGAAAUGGAUGGCCUAUGGGUUUCGAGCACAUCUGAUGAAUUUAGGCAUAUAUUCUCUCGGUCUCAUUCCACUGACUCUUCUGGUCACUCACAUACAGCCAGGAAGACCUUUGAAUGGAACAGAGAUCUAUGAAGCAAGACCAUUAGAAUAUGAGAACUCAUACUUCACAAGGGUGUGUAUGUGUUUAGUUUUAAUUAUGAGUUUACUGGGAAUCUGCAAAGAAAUAUUUCAGCUCAUUCAGCAGAAAUUGAAAUAUUUGUUGGAUUACUCCAAUCUACUGGACUGGACAAUUUAUACUACAAGCAUAAUUUUUGUGUCUUCUUUGUUUAUUAAUACACCAGCUCAUUUGCAGUGGGAAUGUGGAGCAAUUGCUGUAUACUUGUCUUGGAUGAACUUCUUGCUUUACCUUCAACGAUUUGAAAACUAUGGCAUCUAUGUUGUGAUGUUCUGGGAAAUUCUGAGGACUUUGAUUCGGAUUGCUGUCGUUUUCUUUUUCCUGAUAUUGGCCUUUGGACUAAGUUUCUUUGUCCUUUUGGGUUCACAGCAAACAUACAGCACACCUCUGCUCUCUGUAAUGAAGACAUUUGCAAUGAUGCUGGGAGACAUUAAUUACCAUGAUGCAUUCCUUGAUCCAUUACUAAGCAGUGAAUUGCCAUAUCCAUUCCUGAGUUAUACAGUUCUCAUUAUAUUUACCUUGCUUAUUCCCAUCCUUCUUAUGAACUUGCUAAUUGGUUUGGCUGUUGGGGACAUAGCUGAAGUACAAAAAUAUGCUGCGCUCAAAAGGAUUGCAAUGCAGGUUAAUCUUCACACCAACUUAGAGAAGAAGCUACCAUUUUGGUUCUUGAGUCGGGUGGACCAGGAAUCAAUCACUGUAUAUCCCAAUAGGCCGAGAUACUGUGGAUUUAUGAGUGUGUUCCAGUAUUGCUUUGGAUGUGAGGACUCUACCACAGAUGCACAGAGCACUGAUACAACAUUAGAACUGGAAGUUCUGAAGCAGAAAUACAGGCUCAAAGAUAUAUCAACUCUGUUGGAAAAGCAACAUGACCUCAUUAAACUGAUUAUCCAAAAAAUGGAGAUAGUGUCAGAGGCUGAAGAUGAAGACAGCAACGAUUUAUUUCAGCACAAGUUCAGGAAAAGGCAGUUAGAACACAAGAAUAGUAAAUGGGAUACAGUGUUAAAAGCCGUUAAAACAAAUGUGCCUCACCCAAGCACAGAAAAGAACAAUAGCUUCUUCUAG